UUCCUUCGUAUGGCAAUUCCGCAAAACAACUGUAAAACAAAGGGUUUGCCGAGGCGGCGUUAAGUUUUGUGAAUUUUACAGGUUGCGAAUGUUAGUGCAAACAAAUUUUUUUUAAGAUACUUAUCUACAUACUUUACCCAACUUUCAUUACGAAUCGGCAAAGGUUUAAAAUAAAACGUUUUUAAGCGUAAUUAAUUCAACUUCAUGUAAAUGUUUUGGAAUAAAAUAUUUUCAGUAAAGGAGCCGCCAAGCCGCGAAAAUACGAGGAUUUACGAUUGCUAAAAAAAGUAAAAUAAGAAUUAGACAAAUCUAUCAUUUUUGACGAAUGCAUGUAAAUGAUAUUGUGUACAUUGGGCAUCUCCUACAUACUGCAAACUACAAUAUAUAAUCUAAAUAAAUUAAAAGAAGAUCGUGGAAAAUAUUCCAAUAAGAUUACAUUGAAAAGUAAUUUUCAAUCAGCAAUUAAAGCAACAAAGACGACAAACUCGCAACUUGAAACAGUUGCGAUACCAAAAACAAAAAUUCUAAAUAAAAUAUCUUUCAAAAUGAGUAACAACUUCAAUAGCGAAGAAAUCGUACAGUUGGAAACCAACAAUGAUAACGUUCCAAGCACUUCUGCUGAUAGCUGCGUGAUUGAUUUUAAUGGCUCUGAGUUUUACAAAAAAGUUCUGUAUAAAAAUGUAAAUGUUGUAUGUGGUUCCGGCAAACAUGACCAUGGCUCAUCCCGAGUAAAGUUAAAAAAUAUUGUUGAUUAUAAAUGGGAGCAUAAAUACUAUCCCGGACAUUUAGUUGCAUUACAUUUGGAUGGAACACAUAUAGCAUAUGUUAUCAAUGUUAAUAAUAAGUCUUCACGCGUCGAGGGCAUGAUCCGUGUGAGUAAUGCUGUAACGGGUAUGCGUACACUAAUAAAAGGAUUAGGCGGUGCAGUAUUAGAUAUACAAUUCGCACAUAUUGAGAAAGAGCAUAUUCUUGGCUCAAUUGAUGCUAACUCUUUGUAUGUUCAUAAAAUCGAUAUGCUUGAUGGCAGUUUACUCUGUAAUUUGUUGGUUAAAAUUGAAGAUCCGCUUGAGAAUUAUACACCAAAAUACGACAGAAUAUUAUGGUGUCCAUUUAUUGAAGUUACAGAAGAAGAUGAAGAAGAAACUGAAGACAGUAAAUUAAUUGUUUGGGCACGCGGUUCAAAAUUUCAAUGUUUCAACAUAGGCACAAUAAUCACUGAAUAUGGUGUUGGUCAAAAAGAUCCUAAAGAUUUCGUAGCUGGAUAUUUAAAUUUACACGAUGAAACUUUAACCAUAAGUUGGACAUGUUUAUCACCAGAUGGUUCAACAUUAGGAAUUGGCAGCAUAGAUGGUUUUGUACGUUUCUAUCAAGUUUAUAUGCACGAACAGAAUCCACGUUGCUUACACCAGUGGAAACCACAUGAUGGUAAACCUAUAUCAUGUUUUUAUUUUUUGGAUAAUUUGGCUACAAGUGCACCAGAAUCAUAUUGGAAAUAUGCUAUAACGGGUGCUGAUAGCAACACUGAGCUCAAAGUUUGGGAUUGCGGUACUUGGGAGUGCAUACAGAAAAUAACAUUCACUUGUGAAGAUACAAGCAAGACACUACGUUUAAUUGCGGAACUUGAUCGUACGUCACGCUACUUAGUGCUUAGUUCACUUGAUACGCGUGCAUGUUAUGUAUUGCAAAUUGUAAAUCUCUUCAACAAUCAAUGUAAAAAAGAUGAAAAUGAGCUAAGUGAUUCCAGUAAUGUAAGUUCAAGAUCUAGCGGUGUCGCUGGUGCAGUGUAUGUGCGCAGCAUUACUGAAUUUCCAUUAAGCUCUGGUAUAUUAUCAUUUUGUAUACAUGAUGCAGCAGUUAGACGUUUAAAAUGCAGCAAUGACAAUUAUCUUUGUGAGGAAAUGGACGAUUACGAUGAAGAAAUGCAUUCAUUAUAUUGCGUUGUUGUACGUAUGUUUGUGGUACAAUCAAAAAGUUUGCAGGAGUGCCAUAUAUUGUACCAACCACAAGUGGAUGAUAUUGAUAUUAAAGAGGACAUUGAUGUUAACAACGAAGAAAAUAUUGCAAACAAUUUAAACAUAUCGGAAGACUUGAGCUCGAAACAAAAUGUGAGCCCGAAAACUGAAAAUGUUGCUACUAAUUUAGUGCCCAGUAAUGUUGUAGUGAAACCGGAAAUAGAUAAUUCUGAAGAGGAAAUGUUAGAAGCGCUACUUAGUUUAGAAAAAACACUUUCUUCUGGUUCGUCACCACUUCCAUCGUCGGUUGUUGCUGUAGCUGCUGCAGCGGCAGUCACACCUUCUGCUAUUGCUAGUGAACAUUCAGGCACUUCUUCACCACAAAAUGGCAUUAACAGUAAAAAUUAUGUACCUGUCAAUCUUAUGACACCUGAUGAAUUUGCUUCAACAUCAGCAGAGAAAAAAACAGCAGAUUGUGUUAGUUCAGAGGUUCGCAAUACUUUACUGAUGUUAGCGAGUGUAGCUGCUUCCGGCACUCCAAAUAAUAACAAUGAAAAUUUGAAUAUCUUAAAUUUGGUUAACAAUAAAAUCAUUGAAGACAAAGAACAUCAGAAAAUCCAGUUGAAGCAAGCAAUAGAAACUCAGAAAAAAUUCAUAACAAUUGAUGGAAAUAUGAAUCGCAAUAUUAUUGACACUUUUGCAAGUGGUGGCUCAAGUCCAAGUCGUGAAGUGCAAGAGAUUUUGUCUUUUCGUGAUUAUAAAACAAAUGCUUACAGCACUGAUGAAAUGCUAGUUAGUGAAGAAAAAGAUGAAGUUAAAAUUAACUUGAAAGAAACAGAACCUAGAUCAUCGGGAACUCCGUCGAAAUUUCUUUGGGCAAAUACACCAAAAGAAGUACAAACAACAACAUCAACUGAACUGCAGAAGGCUGUUAAUCUGAUACCGAAAACUGCUCCAACAAAUAAUUUGAGUAACAAUAAUCAUCCGACUGGUCAUAUUGGUCAUAGCAGCAACACAAUUAGUAACAGUAGUAGCAGUAAUACCAUCAAUACUGCUAAUGGUGUUGAUCACCUUGAAGAUCCACAAAUGCUUGCAGAGAUUUUAGAAUUAAAUAAAACUCAGGCUCGUCACAUAACGGCACUCAAAGAAGAAAUCGCAGAAAUUAAGAAUAUAAUGGCAAAUUGUUUCGUAGCACAAAAGCAAUUAGUGGAGUGUACACAGAAGCAGAUUUCCGACUUGACAUACAAAAUCGAUGUUCAAAUACCAAAAGUUGUGGAAAAUAUUUCAAUUCGGAAUGAGAAUGAAUCGAAGAAGAGAUUAGCCGCAAUUAUGAAAGAACAAAAUAUUGAAAUGGGCGAUAAAAUAAUGAAAUCUUUGUCUCAGUUAUUCGCAACACAACUAACUCCAUUAAUUGCGAAAACUAUAAAUGUAGAACUGCAAAGAAAUGUAGGUCCACUUAUCACCGGAGUAAUUAACAAUAUGCAGUCGAAGAUAUUAAUUGAUUUGACUAGAAACUUAGCCAAGAUGGAUGCAGGUUUAAAAGAAACCUUAGUACAAUUAUGUAAAAGUAAGAGUGUAAUCGAAGCGUUUAGUAAGUCGAUUCUAGUUGCCGUGCAGGAUAGUUUGCAAAAUGCUUUCAUCGAAUCUAUGUCUGGCAGUUUAAUUCCAGCUUAUGAGAAGUCAUCCCAACAUAUGUUUAAACAGUUGCACGAAGCCUUUUCGUAUGGUAUCAAAGAGUUUAUGGAACAAUUUGAAAAUUAUAUGCAAGAAACCAGACAAACAAAUGAAAGGGCAGAACUGUUUACGGCUUUAUCAGCUUUACGACAACAUAUCGAAAAUGCAUUACUUAAGCAUCAUCAUAGUAUAGGCGAAUCACUCGCAGAGGGGCGUAAAGACGUUAAGAGUAUGGAAAUAAUCAUUGCUCGCCAAGUAAAGGAAGCCAUACGGAUAGAGAUGCGUAAAAUAUCUGAAAGUCAAAACAUGCAGCUACGUUCACAAACAAAUACACCUGCACCAAUGUACGAUAUUCGUGAAUCCAUUAAGCUUCUUUUGCAGAGUGGUCAGAUCAAUAAAGCGUUUCACCAGGCGUUGCUUGCAAAUGACUUAAGUUUGGUAGAUUAUACGCUAAGAAAUACUGAUCCGAGUUCAGUUUUCAUUCCCGCAUGUUGCUUGGAACAGAAGGUUUUACUCUCAUUAAUACAACAAAUCAGCGCAGAUAUGCCUAAUCAUAGUGAAACUAAGCAAAGAUAUUUGGCUGAAGCUAUAUUAUCUAUUGAUUUCCGCGAUGCUAUAACACGUGAACAUGCACCUAAAGUAUUGCAAGAGUUAUUAAGAAAUAUUCAAAUGUUUAUUGUUAACUACCCGAAAAGUCCGCUAGUGAGUAAUGUACGUCUCCUACUAACGACUGUGCAAGCAUGUAAGGAGAAAUUUUAAUAUAGUCAAAUUGGCGGCAAUCGUUUUCCAAUUGCCGCCACACUGCACAGUUUAAAUGUAGAGGAUAAUCGAAUCUACAAAAAACCUCAAAUACAAACAAGAUGGCAAAAACAACAGACCGAACAUCAACUGUGCAAUCCAUUUAAACCUGCUAAGCAUAAAACGGCAAUUAAACCAAUACGACGAUGUGUGGGCAAGUACGCAACCACGGCUAAAUUAAAUAAAAAUAUAUACAGAUCUAAGUUAUUAACUUCAAGACUUUAUGAUGAGGAAAAUUCUACAGACUACGAUGUUGAUGACGACGAGGAAUUCGAAAUAGAUUAAGACUACAUCAAUUUUUAGGUCGCAUUUUAUUAAAUUGUUAUACAACAAAUUCUGAAUAUAAAAAUUAAAAUUAAUUGUAACUACAUUUGCCAACGCUCAACAAUAAUGUUUAUUAAUUAUUGUUGAGUUAUUUUGCGAUUCUCCAUGCUUUUAUUAUACUUAUUAUGAAAUAAAUUUAUUUUUUUAAAAAUGUGAAUGACACCUAUAUUUAAGCUCCGUAACAAGCAUAUAUACAAGCAGUGACUCUAAAUGAUAUUUUGUAAUGAUAAGCCGAAAUAUAAAGAUACUAGAAUUAGCUUUUCUAUUUUAUUCAUAAGCAAUUGUAUUACGUGUGUGCAUACUUUAAGUUAAUCCUUUUAAGUUUGUAUAAAAACUAAAAAUAUUAUUGAGAAA